CCAUGGCACUCCUUGAAAUUGCCUGCUUCAAUCCCGAGUCUGCUGUGGCAGCGAGUGAGGCUGGGGCAGAUCGCAUCGAACUCUGUGAUAAUGCAGAUGUCGGAGGGACAACGCCGCCCUCAAAUUGGCUAACCGACCUGCGCGACAAGAUCAGGGUACCUAUCAAUAUCAUGGUUCGUCCUCGAGGUGGUGAUUUUGUCUAUUCGCCUGAAGAGUUCCAGGAGAUGAAAGAUGUCAUUAUCAGUUUGAAAUCAGUCGCAGAUGGCUUUGUCUUUGGCAUCCUCAAGCAGGACCGGACCGUCGAUACUGCAAGAACCUCAGAACUUGUCAAGCUGGCAGCUCCUUUGCCCUGUACGUUCCAUCGCGCGUUUGACGAAACCCCGGACUUGUUUCAGGCACUCGAAGACAUUGUUGACUGUGGGAGUCGUACCAUUUUGACCUCUGGCGGGGUUUCAAGCGCCAUUCAAAAUUGUGAUGUUCUAGCCAAGCUUGUGAAGCAAGCAGACAGCCGGAUUGUGGUCAUGCCAGGUGGAGGCGUCAGGUCAGCAAACAUUGAAGAACUGAAAGCUAAGACGGAUGCCCUGGUGUUUCAUUCUUCAGCUCUCAUUGCGGCACAAAAUGUUGCUGAUGCGGCUGAAAUCAAGCAGAUGAAGGUGAUCGUGCAGCCAGAAAUCUGAGUACAACGACAUGUCUUGACGGAUGACGCUUAUUGAAACCUUCAAAAACUUGUACCUUUGUCAUUUCUCGCAGCCUACGAUGUAUCCGAGUCGAAUGCUGCACUGAUAGCGGGAUUAUU